CAGCGUCAAAGAAUGGAUUGUUGACUGCCUCCCAGCCAUUAAUGGCUCAUAGUAAUGUUUCAGUAGCGUUCCAGUCAUUACGAAGACUUUUGGUCCCUCCUGCCUAUCAAUCACCUCAGCAGCCAGGCAUUCCUCCACUGGCUCUUCCGGAGCCCUCCUUGACUCAUCCCCUCCCAUUGUUGCCCGGUCGUCGCAAUUCGCAUUACUGUUUUCUAAUAGUUAUCGGUCAUCGGCAUUGUUGAUGACGAGAUCUGUUGCAAUUCGCGAUGACGG